AUGAAGGUAAAAAUCAAACAGUGGAACGCCGUGAGCGUGUGGCAAUGGGACGUGCCCAACGACGAAGUUUGUGGUAUCUGCCGGGUUCCGUUUGAUGGAGUGUGUCCUGUGUGCAAGUACCCAGGAGACGAUUGUCCAUUGAUCAUUGGAAAGUGUGCACAUUCGUUUCAUUUGCAUUGUCUACUCAAGUGGCUGGAAACAGAGACGUCCAAGGGCUUGUGUCCCAUGUGCCGACAACCAUUCGAGACGGCAGACGAUGCUCAACAGCAGCAGCAGGUGGAGGAGACCCAGAGAUUGCAUCACCAUCAUCGUCGGACCUCCGAGGUCUAA